UAUAUGCAAUCAACAGUAUAUAAAGCCACUGCGCCCCGUGCACGUUGUUGUUUAAGAAACCGUGACACUCUAGGUUGUUUUUUUACCUGUCAAUACCGCCAUGGAGCGAUUAUAUGUUCUUAUUCUGACCGCUGCACUGUUGCUAGCGGAGGGGUACGCGCAGAUUGAUUUGAUCCAAAACGUAGGCGCAGCAUUGCAAGCGGCACGACUCGCCAAUACAUUGACGAAAGUCCUAUCCCCGUGUUCUGUGCGAGACGCUGCUUGCAAGGUUACAAAUGUCGAUGUCGUGCUGGCACUGGACGCCAGCGGCAGCAUCGAUGAUGCCGAGUUCACCUCAGCAAAAGAUGCCUCAAAGAUUAUCGUCGAAACCAUCGAUAUUUCUCAUCCAAUUCUCCCUGGUGGAACCCGAGUUGGUGCGUUGAAAUUUACCAGGGGCGUGGUGAGGGAGUUCGAGUUGAAUGAGCAUACCAGCUUGGCCAGUGUUAAGACUAACAUUGACUCAAUCCAAAACGGAAAUGGACUUACGAACAUUCAACUGGCGUUGGAGACUUCGCAGCUCAUGAUUGAGAAAGAUUUCGUUGAAGAGAACAAUGAGCUUAUAUGGCUACUUACUGAUGGGCAAUCUACCGUGGGUAAUCCAAUACCAAGAGCCACCAAUAUUAAGAAACUUGGAUGGACCAUCUGUGUGGUUGCCAUUGGUAACAAUGUGAAUGACGCCGAAAUAAACGCCAUAGCGUCCCCAGACUGUGUUUUCAAAUUUGGAGAUUUUGCACAGUACGUGAAAGUUGCAACAUUGGCUCUAAAUCGAAUCCAAGCAAGUCGUGCUGCUUAAAGUUU